AUGAAAAAAUUUGGAUUAUUUUUAUUAGCCCUAUUGGUUUGCUCAUUCCUGGUUGAAUCGAUUCAAGGAGACAAAGAAGCUGACAGAAAGAGAGAAGAAGAGGAAAGACGUAUCAGAUGUCAAUGUUGUAGAGACACUGCAGUUGCCUUCAAGAAAUUAUCCAAGAAAAAGAAUCUUCCUUGGGGAGAAUCUCAAAUUGCUCAAACUUUGGUUGCUGCCUACAGUCUGGAGAAGGACCCAUUCACAAGAGACACAUGUAUCUACGUUACCAAAACCUUUGGUCACUACUUUGUGGUUGAAUGCUUCCAAAAGGAGAAAUUACCUGAAGAAGUUUGUGCUGGAUUGGGAUACUGUAAAUAA